UUAUCAGAAUAAACUUCGCACAUAACAGUUUAUACAUUCAAAAAUAGUUUGCGGCAAAUUUAAAUCGUGUAGGUCAAACAUUCUAAAUUUAUCCAAGUUCACCAAAUAUCCGCAACUUUACAAAUUGUUAAUCUAUGUUCAUCACGAUGAAGUCGUAUCAUUUUUGCCUUGUUGUGUCCCUUAGUAUUGUGUUUAAAGCAUCUUGUGAGCAUACAAAAACAUUUUACUAUACCUAUACCCGAAAUGGCACCUGUGUGAAAGCAUACUACACCGAAGAAGAAUUCUACAAAAUAUACUGCUUCGAACCCUUGGCUGAACAAAAUGACGCCCUUGGUAUAGUUACGGACAAAAACGAUACCAUCAUCUAUAAAGGCUACGGAGAAAUUUCUGAAUGUUUCGAGUUAUCCCACGCAAACUCGACUAAUAAAACAUCGAUAUGUCUUGAUUUAUUUCCCGAAAACUGCAUGCACGGACAAGAUGAUGAAAAGAGAAGAAAAGUGGAAGAUGUACCAGAAAUUCCUUGCAAGAAAGACUCUAGGUUUCAUUACUUGGGUUUACGUUUCGAUAAUUUAAAUUUGAUUUUUAGGUGUGUAAUAUUUUCUGUAAGGAUACCGCCUGCAGAUCAAAAUCAGGUCGCAAGAUAUUGUUCUAACAGAGCUAUAGUUAAUGUUUCGAAAGCAAAGGACAAAGGUUUUUCUUUCCAAAAAAUAAUUAAAAUGUUUCAAAAUCCAGAGAAAUAAAAUAUCUUUACGAAAUGAAAAUGUCCUUUAUGAUUUUUAUUUUGUUAGAGUAGUCAAAUUUUAUUAAAUUAAAAUAAUUUAAGACACUGAAUAUUAUGUUUCACCUAGUAUGUAUUUAUUUCAUAAAAUUAAAUGAAUUGUAAUUUUGCA